CUUACUCCCUCACAGGCUCACACCCAAACCUACCUUUCUCCACGCUUUCCAAACCUACCUAACUAUCCUAUUCUCAACCACCUCCCCAUCCAUCUCACCCCCUCACCUGAACUGUGCGCCUGCUUGCAUGGGACGAACAUUCCACCGCUUCGCACCCCUCGAACAGAUAUCCAACUCUCCAAACCCAAAUCUGCCAUCGCAAUCCAAGUCUAUCCUCUAGGACCCAGCUCCGCUAAGGAAAAACCACCCGCUCAAGUGAUCUUCAAUUCCUGGUGGGACACCUUGUCACGUUACUGCUCCUCAGGUCGCUCGCCCGCAACCCCCAUCGCCCAGAGUCGUCGACGUCUUCCUUCUACAACACCAGCCCUGCAAUCAAUUGCCCCUCACGGACUUCACGAGGCCCUCUAGUCUUCUCCUCUCCAUUCUGCUCGCCUUUAGCCCCCCGCAUUCGCGAUAGCAGAUUUUGUUUUGGAGCUCAACAUGUCGCAGAAUCGGCCGGCAGCCUUCUCGAGUCUGAGAAUGGGAGGUGAGUGCCCUGUCCAACGUCCAUCGUCGUCGGUACGACCACCUGCUAACUCACACUCGUUAGAGGUGAUCCGCGAAAAGGUUCAGGAUGGUGUCACCGGCGAGACUCGAGAUAUGCAAUACACCCAGUGCAAGAUCGUGGGCAACGGAUCCUUCGGUGUCGUCUUCCAGACCAAGCUCUCCCCAUCCGGCGAGGAUGCCGCCAUCAAGCGCGUGCUUCAGGACAAGAGAUUCAAGGUGCGGAAAGCAACGGGCAUGUGUGCGUGUGUCGGCUGACGGCUAACUUUUGAUAGAACCGGGAGCUCCAGAUCAUGCGUAUCGUUCGCCACCCCAAUAUUGUUGAACUUAAGGCCUUUUAUUAUUCCAACGGCGAGAGAGUACGUAACCCCGCACUGAUGUGGACCAAAAGGCAAGGCUGAUAUUCGUAGAAGGAUGAAGUAUACCUCAACUUGGUUCAAGAAUAUGUCCCAGAAACUGUCUACCGUGCCUCGAGAUAUUUCAACAAGAUGAAGACAACCAUGCCCAUUCUUGAAGUCAAGCUCUACAUUUACCAACUCUUCCGUGCCCUUGCCUAUAUCCAUUCCCAAGGAAUUUGCCAUCGCGAUAUCAAACCACAAAACUUGUUGUUGGAUCCUAGCAGUGGUGUUCUCAAACUCUGCGAUUUUGGUAGUGCCAAGAUAUUGGUAGAGAAUGAGCCAAACGUCUCUUAUAUCUGCUCCCGCUACUACAGAGCUCCAGAGUUGAUUUUCGGGGCUACCAAUUACACAACCAAGAUUGGUGAGUUAUAUCCUGACUGAUUGAAAUGCCCCCUGGAUUUUUCUGAUGGUUUUUAGAUGUAUGGUCCACCGGAUGUGUCAUGGCAGAAUUGAUGCUUGGGCAACCUUUGUUCCCCGGAGAAUCUGGGAUCGAUCAGCUGGUCGAAAUCAUCAAGGUGCUCGGAACACCAACUCGCGAUCAAAUCCGCACCAUGAAUCCAAACUACAUGGAACACAAAUUUCCCCAGAUCAAGCCACAUCCAUUCAACAAGGUUUUCCGUAAGGCUGAUGCGAAUGCCAUCGACCUCAUCUCCUGCCUUUUAGAAUACACACCCACAGAGCGACUUUCGGCCAUCGACGCCAUGGUUCAUCCUUUCUUCGAUGAGCUGCGAGACCCUUCAACCAGACUGCCCGAUUCACGACACCCUAACGGGCCUAUCAAGGAUUUACCUACUUUGUUUGACUUCACUCGUCAUGGUAUGCGACAUGGUACCCCAUAACUGUAUGAUUAUUCAGCUAACCCUCCUUCAGAACUCUCCAUUGCUCCUCACCUCAACUCUCGAAUGGUUCCGCCACACGUCAAGGCAGGAUUAGCUGCUCGAGGAAUGGACAUUGAUAAUUUCACUCCAAUGGCGAAAGCAGAUAUGAUGGCACGAUUGGAUUGAUUAUUUUAUGCAGAUGAAUGACGACUAAAUGCUUUCCUGCCGCUAGGUAAUUGACUCUGUUAGGAGUUUAAUGUUUCCUGCGCGUCUCUCUCGCACCGGCCACAUACCACAUCAGCAUAUUUCGAGCCCGGCAAGAACUCUUCUAUAAAUUGUGCAGGCUAGAAUGGAUUGUGAGAAUACCGAGAUAUAUGGCGAGAAUACGGGAUCUAUGAUGGUAUGCUUUACGGUUUUGCAAGAAUACCUCAAUGACGAGGUGGAAUUCUUUUUCGAAAUCCUUCCCUUCAAUAAUGGCAUUCUUCGGUUUCCGACGGCGAAGUACUUUUGUCUAAACCUCGGGUUGGAGGGUUAGGCCAUGGAUUGAUGUUUCUGAUCGGAAGCUCUCUAGUCGACAAACCUCGUUUUAGACUUUCUGCAUAUCGAAACCUGGGUGUUUACUGCUUUCUAUUCUUCUUGUCCCACUAUCGGCGCCCUUUUUUUUAUGACAGCAGAGCAGAUGGGUGGCUGGUCUUCCGUUUUCUCGACAUCCAAAGAUUCUGGCGUACUUAAAUUUGAUGGCACACUUUUUCGGGCGAAUGAUUGCAUGGACUGGGUUAAUAUUUGCGAGUGUAUGGCGAUAGCCGGGGCAGGCACGGUCAAAAGAUUCCUUUUUCCUUAUUACCUCUGGGUCAAUGUUGUGCCUCUUUAUUGGCUGUCAAAAGGGGCUGGCUGGCUGAUCGCAGCGAUCAUCGAAGAUUUCCACAACUGAGACCGAUACUCAAUUCAACUCCAAUUCCCUUUUUAAUUAUUUCACGUUGUUUCCUUGCACUAGUGAAUGGACGAAGCGUUAACUCGAGACUUGUCAUUGUCAUUGAAAAUUCGAUUUGCAUCAACCACCAUUAAAAUUACUUGACUAAUUCUCUGAUAUUGUGCUGACAAGAGAUUCAUGCGAAACAUUAUGUGUAUUCCAAAACAGAGUUCCUCGAGGUAAGCGUUUAUUGUGUUUUAUACUCACAGAUUACGAGUACAGUAAAAGAGGGGCAGCCCAUGCUAAACGGGACGUUGGACAAUCCUGGCUUAUGUUGAAUCUAUUUCGUCGAAUUUAGUACUCUUCGGCAUGUCAAACUGUUCAGAUUGAUAUCAUAGCUUAGCUGUGGUUAUUGUAUUAGACGUUAUCAUACGAUACGUUCUAGAGUAACAUCGUUUUUACUUAUGCAUACUGAUUAAUACUUUGAUCUUCUUGCUACAGUCCGGGCAUGUUACCAGUCGCUGACUUCGUAGGAAUAUCAUUAUUAACUACUAUAUCAAAACUUGCAGGACAGAGAUUCAACUGGCAAGAACCUUCGUUUGAAAGACUUCCCUUAGCCAGUACACAAAAGUAUUUAGAAAUAACAACACUCCUAUUGGCAACCUAAUAGUUGGUUUCAGAAUUGGCCCCUUAUAUCACGUGAACUUUGCAUUGUAUCCGUCCUGCCUGAAAGCCAAGGCAAGACGGAAUCCUUCCUUUUAAUUUGGGGGAACAUCAGACUUCAACACCAGCUUUCCACCAACAGCUCUCACAAAACUCCACCAUAAUGGCGGACUAUGAUCAGAGACCACGCGGUGGACGCGGAAAUUAUAACAAUAAUCGGAAAAGAAGAUACAGAGGUAAAUUAAAGCUGUCACAAUUCCUGGCGCAACGUGUAUAGGUGCAACAAUCAUGGCGAGGCUGACACGAGUCCUAUGUAUAAGAUGAAGAUGAUCACGAUCGACGACCUCAACGACGGCGAUACGAAGAACCCUUAUCGGCGAAAGUACGCAAACAACUUCUUGCCAUUGCCGAAAAUCCUAUGAGGCGCGUGGAGGAUGAAAUUAGUUCGAUCGCGAAAACUGUCUGCGACAGUUACGAGGACGAGGAAUUGCGCAAUGUGUUUUACGACUUGGUGGUUCAAUUGGUUGUUGAGCAACCAUUUAAGACGCCCUUCGUCGCAGCUGUUGUUUUGGUUAUCAACACAAUGCAAAGUGAGAUGGCUAUGGAAGUUUUGAAUCGCACAGCGGCCCGGACGAAUAAAAAGAUUCAGGAAGGAGAGUGGAGGGAGGUCAAGCUCCUGAUGAAGUUUCUGGGAGGUCUUCAAGGUUUAUUAGAGGGCGAUGGAGUUUGGAUCGUUCUACAGGAUUUGUUGACGAAAGCUGUGGAUUUGCAGACUGAAAACAAUGAAGAGGUAAGCUCUAUUCAGGGGACGAGUGGGACUAUGCUAACACUGGAGUUAGACCAUUGGUCCGGAGUUGGUAAAGAUAGUUCUCUUUACCAUACCUUACGUUAUGGCUUCUUCGGCAUCAAGUCAGCAGGAGAAGGCGGCAGCAAUGGUGGAAAACACGGAUAUUAUUGCUUCGGAACCACAUGUGUUGCAAUCUUUGGUCGAUCCAUACCCAGGAAAUGGUAACGAUGAAGCGUCGGCGCCAAACGGCGUACUGAGCCUUCUACAAAAGCAACUUCAGAAUGAGGCUUCGAAUGAAUGGGAGCUCAGCUGUCUACCAAGACCUUGGAAGGUUUUAUUGGAGACAGAGCAAGAGAAUCCCCUAGCAGCUACCACGAAGCACCUUCUUCCAACUAUCGUCAUCCCUGAUGUAGUCAUUCCAGGUCCACGGCCCCUGUUUCCAGAGCUUUACUUUUCGGUUUACGCGCAUCAAGACGUCGAGACUGUACCACCGAUGACAGAUAUUUCGUCAUGCUUAUUGCGCGAUGCUUUGGUAGACACUAUCAACAUUCUCGACUUCAACCGAAAUGCUACUGCCCGCUUCCUUAUUGAUAUCGAUUGCUAUUUCUCUCCCGGCACGUUCGUUAAGCGAGCGACUCCUUUCGAUCGACUUAGAGACGUGGAAGGCGAUAAAUCGACUUGGAAACCAGAAGAUGUAGCUGUUGAUGCUGUAUUCUCUCAACUGUUCCAACUCCCUAACCCAGAACAUAAAUUGGUUUACUAUCACUCCGUUCUUACCGAAUCGUGUAAGAUUGCGCCAGCCGCUAUUGCUCCUAGUUUGGGUCGUGCCAUUCGUUUCUUGUACAGAAAUGUCGAUUCGAUGGACUUGGAGCUGGGCUACAGAUUUAUGGACUGGUUCGCACACCAUCUGAGCAACUUUGGUUUCACUUGGAAAUGGACCGAGUGGAUUGACGAUGUCCAGCUUUCUCCUAUUGACCCUAAAAAGGCAUUCAUCGAAGGUGCUUUGGAUAAAGAGAUUAGAUUGAGUUUUGCUCAACGAAUCAAGGGUACAUUGCCUGCACCAUAUCAGGCAUUGAUUACUGAGGGCAAGGAGAAAGAUACUCCUGAAUUCAAAUACAAAGAUGACAGUAAGAUCACCCUUCAAUAUUGUAAAGUAUUCGAGCUGACUCAUUUGAAGAUGUUCCUUUUGCUCAGGAAGGUCGUGAAAUUCUUGAACUCCUCAAGAAAAAGGCACCGGAAGAAGAAAUCCAGGUGAUUAUGGACAAGAUUCGCCAGUUGGCUUUAGAUAUGAACUUCGCCGAUCCAUUGCUACCUUGCACAGAUGCCUACAUGACUGCAAUCUGCUUCAUCGGAUCGAAAUCACUCUCCCAUGUGUUGUCCUCUAUUGAACGUUGCCGAGAGCGUCUUCUCGCUAUUGGCCCGCAAUCCUCUGACGCAAGAUCUCAAAUCAUCGACUCGGUUAUGGGAUACUGGAAAGAUCAACCAGGAAUCGGAGUUAACAUCGUCGACAAGCUACUCAACUACACCAUUCUCAGCCCCAGUAGCGUUAUCGAAUGGGCUGUCGCGCAUAACGGUCGAAGACUCGCCCUACCCUACGUCUACGAAAUGGUAGGUGCAACAAUUGGCAAAGUCACCAACCGAGUUCGACAAGUCGUCUCUGCUAAACACGUUCCUAGUCUCACACCUGAGCAGAAACUCACCAUGGAACAGACGGUUGGACUUGAGAGACAGAGUAUGAAGGAUUUGUUCACACUCAUGGAGGACUCGCUUGUCAGCUGGGCAACUGGAACCAAGGACCAGGCGAUGGAGACAGGCGAUGGAUCGACUGGCGAGGAGGCAAUGGUGAGACAGUGGGGUGAGAGGUGGUUGAGGGUAUUUAGGAGAAAGUUUGCGGUUGAGGAGGCUUGGUUUCUGGAGGCGGAGCGGGUCAAGGUCGAUGUGGAGGUGGGCACUGCUAAUGGGGAGACGGUGGGUGUUCCUGGAGCCGAGGAUGCGGCGAUGGGUGAGGGUGUGACUAUGGAUAUGGGAAUUGAGUAGGUGAGAGGAUUCGCUUGCGUCUUCUGUGGGGGUGGAGAAGCGGUGCGUGUAUGAUCAUGGCGAGGGAUUGACGGGCAAAAAUGUUGUACACUAUUUGGCGCGGAGGGGGUUGUACAGUAACCUACCUACACUUAGGCCUAGAGAUUUUGAGGGAACCUUUUUUUUUAAUCUGAGAUGACAUGGAGGGUUUUCCUUCGAAUUCUUC